AUGUCAAACAACUGGCAAGAAGAGGCCAUGCGCCGCCUGCGCCAGAUGCAGCAGUCUUCGGGCGGAGCCGGCGGACGAGGCCCUCAGAUGCCGCGAGGCGGUGCUCCCGCGCUCCUCGGCGGCGCGCUGCUCAUUGGCGGCGCCAUGGUGCUGUCCAACGCGCUCUUCAACGUCGACGGUGGUCACCGCGCCAUCAAGUACAAGAGGCUCUCUGGAGUCAGCAAGGAGAUUUACAACGAAGGAACACACAUCAACAUCCCUUGGUUCGAGACGCCCGUCGUCUACGACGUGCGAGCCAAGCCGCGCAACGUCGCUUCGCUGACUGGCACCAAGGAUCUGCAAAUGGUCAACAUCACCUGCCGUGUGCUCUCGCGCCCGCAGGUCGAUGCGCUGCCGCAAAUCUACCGCACGCUCGGCACCGACUACGACGAGCGCGUGCUGCCCUCGAUUGUCAACGAGGUCCUCAAGAGUGUCGUGGCCCAGUUCAACGCCAGCCAGCUGAUUACCCAGCGUGAGAUGGUAGCCAAGCUCGUCCGCGAGAACCUGUCGCGCCGCGCGGCCCGCUUCAACAUUCUGCUUGAUGAUGUUUCCCUGACUCACCUCGCCUUCUCGCCCGAGUUCACCGCCGCCGUCGAGGCCAAGCAGGUGGCCCAGCAAGAGGCCCAGCGCGCCGCCUUUGUCGUCGACAAGGCCCGCCAGGAGAAGCAGGCCAUGGUCGUCAAGGCCCAGGGUGAGGCCCGCUCCGCCGAGCUGAUUGGUGAGGCCGUCAAGAAGAGCAAGUCCUACCUCGAGCUCAAGAAGAUUGAGAACGCUCGCCUCAUCGCCCAGCAGAUGAACGAGUCGGGCUCCAAGAACAGACUGAUGCUCGACGCCGAUGGUCUCGGCCUGAACGUGUUUGAUAAGGAGGAGAAGAACUAG